CGUAAUUGAAUUUGCAAUUUACUUUACCAUCAACGUCGUAAUCUACAUGAACAAACUCGUUUUCAGAAUCGUCACAAUCAAUCAAAAGACAAAAACAAUUACAUAGUGAUUUGAAAACAGACGAAGAGCGAUUUUGGCUCCUUCUAUUUACAGUUUCCAUCGUUGUUUUCUUGGGAAAGAGAUGGCUUCUAUAUCAUAUUAGAGCGGUGCAGAGGCCAUGCUCCAUCUGGAUGGUGCUCAACACUACAAUUUCACUUUUAGCGACGGAUAAAUAUUAUAUUAGCCACCACUAACUAAGAGCAUUGUUUGCUGGUGUUCGACUGCAAAUGCACAAUGAAUCUUUAACGGCACUCACAUUUUGAUGAUCACUAUGGGUUAGUUUAGUUCGAUAGUUGGUCUUGUGAGAAUUUGAGUGGUCUGUGGUCUCAAAGGGUGAGGAGUUGGUUAAGUUUUGGUGUUGGGUUCUCUUAUCCGGUUUUAGAUCCGGUCCCAAACGAUUUUUUACCUCAAAUCUAAGCCCGAAAAUAGGGUUGUAUUGUUUGCUAGCCAAUCCUAAUCCAAUCUCGAUCCGAAUUCGACCGUCCGAUUUCGGAUAAAACCAAAAAGCCAGACCAAUUAGCCAGCCAACAAUACAACAUCUCGAGUAAGCCACAAGGUGUCCAUUUCCAUCGAGUUUAAUUAUGCCUCAAGGAAAAGAAUCCACCGCACGUCUUCCAUUUGUAUCACCUUCAACGAGACUUGGUCACCACAAGCAAGUUCCCUUUCAGUCGUCACCUUUGACCAAAAGAAGACAAACCUAGCCGAAACUCAGUGAUCAUCUUCACCAUCAUAGAUCUUUGAUUACCCUGUUACGGUGGUAUAUAUAUAUAAUAUAUCCCUUCCUCGUGAAUGUGACUUCACACAGAGCUCAAUCAUACAAUUAGCCACCCUCUAUCCGUCGCCAAAAAAAUGACCGAUCCGUCGCUAAAGCACAAUAAAGGCGACGAAACGACACAAAAGCCUUCCACGACGACCGACCGGCGGCCACACGUCAUCGUGAUGCCGUGGCCAGCACAGGGCCACAUCAACCCGGCCCUCCAGUUCUCGAAAAAGCUCGUCGCUAAGGGUCUCGCCGUCACCCUCGUCACCUUCACCGACAAAAAGCUGAUCAUGCAGGGCUCCGCGGUGGGCUCCGUCGCCGUGGAGCUCUUCUCCGACGACGGGCUCAAGUGGGGCGACCAUUUCCUCGAAAAUUUCCGCAGCCUCGUCCAGAAAGGACUGCGUGAAUUUGUGACCAGGCUGCGCGGACCUGCAGGCAAUACUCCAGGUCCGUGUUGCCUGGUCUACGACUCGAUCCUGCCGUGGGCCCUCCACGUGGCGAAAGAGCUGGGGAUGGUGGGGGCGGCCUUUUUCACGCAGCCCAUGGCUGUUAAUACCGUGUACUUGAACAUCAUGGAAGGGAGGCUCGAGGCUCCGCCGGCGCCGGUGGACGAGAGUGGUUUGAUUGCGGUGGAGGGAUUAUUGCCGACGGUAUUAUUAGCGACGGAUGAACUCCCGUCGUUAGUUUCCAAUCCGGAGAGCUAUCCGGUGGCGCUCGAGAUGCUGGUGGGACAGUUCUCCACCGUCAGGGAAGCCGAUUGGGCGUUUUGCAACACGUUCUAUAGAUUGGAAGAUAAGCUACUUGAGUGGAUGGCAAAUCAAUCGAUUCCACUUAAGCCGAUUGGCCCGACGAUCCCAUCCGCUUAUCUAGGCACCGAAGAAUCGUUCGACCUGUCUGGGACAGGAUCGGAAUACGGGCUCAACCUCUUCCAUCCAGAUGGUACAUCACAAACAUCUAUCACUCAGUGGCUCGAUUCGAAACCUCCUGGUUCGGUCAUCUACACAUCUAUGGGGAGCACAUCCGACAUUUCCAAAACCCAAACUGCUGAACUCGCCCGGGCGCUUCAACUCAGCUCCCACCCUUUCGUUUGGGUGGUUCGCGAAUCCGAACAGGAUAAACUCCCGCCUGACUUCCUCUCCGAAGUGGUCUCACCAAGCCAACUCGUGGUGACUUGGUGCAGACAGGUUGAGGUCCUGGCCCACCGCUCCGUUGGGUGCUUCUUGACACAUUGCGGGUGGAACUCGACGAUGGAGGCACUCUGCCUCGGGGUGCCGAUGGUGGCGUUGCCGGUUUGGGGAGACCAGCCGACAAACGCCAAGUUCGUGGCUGACGUGUGGCGGGUUGGAGCGCGUGGAAGGGUUGACAAGGAGAGUGGGGUGGUGACGAAGGAGGAGAUAGGGCGACGGAUCAAGGAAGUGAUGGAAGGGGAUAGUCGGGAGGAGAUCGUGAGGAAUUCAGAGAAGUGGAAGAAAUCGGCACGAGAGGCUGUCGCCGAUGGUGGGAGUUCUGAGAGGAAUGUCGAUGAGUUCGUGGCAUCACUAAUGUAUCAUGAUUAAUUUCGAAGAUUUUUUAUGAGAUUAAUUUCUGAGGGAAAAAACUGUAAACAUAAAUCACAAUAUAUGAUGUUUCACUUUUGUUGUCAUCUCAUGAACAUUAUAUAGCAUAAGCUUUGUUAUCUAUAUAUGAUGGACGAGAAUUAUCGUCUAUAUAAUGGUCACCAAAAACAUCCACUUAAUUACUCUCCACUGCACAUAUAUGAAUGAGAAAGUACUAGGCUGUUUCCUCUUACCACAAAUAUAUAUCGAGCAUAUCAAAAACAUUACUGUUACCAUACAUGGAAAAAUGAUAUAUAAUAAGCUAAACAAAUAAAAUAAUGAUAAACAAGCGCCUCCCUAAUUAAGAUUAUCUUGUCAAUAUACAGCCACCAACCCCACCCAAAAGUCAAAGAGCUGGCGUCGGCAAUAUACAGCCACCACCACCAUGAAAAUUAAUGAUGAAAUUAAGUGAGAUUAGACUGGCAACUUAGAGUCAUUUAGCUUGACUAAAGAUAUACAAGUUUGACGAAAGAUUUGUAAGGUAGACAUACAUAGCACAAGUUAUAUUAUGUGGAUAAAUGAUAGUAUUUAAUAUUUCGACUAACGGAAAGAUCGAUACUCAAUCAGUUAAAACAUGUUCUAUCAUGUCAAAUGCUCGGUUAAUCUUUCUAAUAACUAUUUUAUCUAAUUUGAUAAUUUAAAAGGUUGGAGGGUUCCAUAUCAUUUUUCUUGUAGGGUGUAUGAGCCUCAUUAAUUGAACCACACAUACUCCUUUAAUGCCCAAUAGGAGUACCCUAUCCACUUUUUGAUCCCUUAUUUUGCCUAAAAGUCUUUGAUAGUAGACAACUAGGUUGAAAUAUAAUAUAUAGUAAUUACAUCCAGUUUAUCAUUAUUUUUUCCAUUAAAAUUGUACGUCAAGGACUUUUAACGUGACAGUUGAUUUGUAUUAAUUUUAAAAAAGGACCACGCGUAACUUAUAUGAUCAGAUCUCUUACAUCGAUUUGCACAUAAUUCAAAUGAGUAAUAGUAGAGCGUAAAAUCUUAUUAACAGGACGAAAGUUAGAACUUCACUAGUUAUCGAAAUUGAAUCACCAAUUCAUCAGUAACAUUUAUGUAAAUCAACCUCAGAGAUAUUCAAUUCCAAAAAAGUUGUGCCUCCGCCAUCAAGAAUUGGUGGGCACUCACCACAUGCCAACUUAACUUUCAUGUAUUUGGUAAGGUUGUCAAACCGGUUUAUGCCAGUGUGUCGGUUUAGCAAGUGGAAUGGUUCGACCGGUGGCACAUACCGGUUUGUGUCGGUUCAUGCCGGUCAAUAUUACAAAUAAAAUUAUAAAUACUCAUUUUAAACAUGACAUUUAACGUCAAUACCUAAACAUUUAUACUUGAAUCCAACAAAUAAUAUCAAUAUUUAACAUUUAUACUCAUAAAAUAAGUAAUAAAUUAUUUUUAACAAU